ACUCAACUGCUGCUGAUUGCUGAAAUAGUGGUCCAAUUCGAGGUUUACAAUUAGGGGUUUUGCGGAGUAGCACGAGGGCUUGGCUCUGGUAUCAGUAUCUUUCAUAGGCUUCGUGCUUACGGUGGUCACCGGUGAGGUUCAGAGGAGGAGUCCGGUGGCUUAAAUUUCAAUACCUUUAGCUUGGGCUCUGAAGUGUGUGCUGGACAAAGAUUUUCGUUGUGAGGUGUGACUAGUAUUUUCAGAAUCAAGUUAUUGGUAGGGGGAGUUGCUAUUUCCUACAGGGUUUUAAAUAGUCUUCCGUGAUUAGAGAAUGUCUGCAGAAGAAAAAUUAAGGUUUAAGUUCAAUAAGAAGCUCAAAAUAGCAGUUGGAAAUUCCAAGUUUUCUAAUAGCGGAAGAAAGAGGGCUGAAGAUAAUGUCAAUGACAGUGAGAAUGGUAAGAGAGAGAACUAUAGAUCUAGUGUAAGAGAUAAAAAGUUUCAUACUGCUGAAGAAGGGAGUCGGGGAUCUUUUGAUAGAAGGAAGAGAACCUAUAUUGAUCGAGAUGCAGCUUGGGAGGCUAACAGUAAUGAGGAGGCACCUUAUAGGAAGGUUUUAUCUAAAAAAGGACAGAAUCAAUUGAAGUAUGGUUAUAUUAAUGAGAAGAACUACAGUAGAUCUCCUUCACGUCCUCGUUACAAGUGGGGUUCUAAUGAGAGUGAUUCUGCAGCUAAACGGUUUUCUCCCAGGGAUAGAAGUGCAAAAGUGUAUAAUAACUUCGGUGAUGAAAAGAAUAAUAGUAGGUUUCCUUCUCGUCCCCGUUCUAAGUGGGGUUCUGAUAGAUUAGAGAAUGCUUCUGAAACUAAACGUUUUUCUCCAAAGGUGAGAAGUGCAAAAGUUUUCAAUGAUAGAAAAGUUAAGGAGGGUGAUGAUUUUGGAAAUGAAAAGAGAUCUCCUUCGCAUCCUCGCACUACAUGGGGUUCUGAUACCACUGCUUCUGAUACUAAACGUUUUUCGCCUAAGGUUAGAAGUGAAAAACGUUCCAAUAAAACCAAAGUUAAGGAUGUUGAUGAGAUAGAAUCUGUUACAAGUGAUGGUGGUCUGAGUGCUUCACUGAAGAAACAAAACCAAUUAAAACCAGACUUGAGAAAAUCCCCAAAUAUAUCUCUUCCAAACACUGUGAAGAAAAAAGCACGCGACAAGAAUAUCUUGGAUGAAGGAUCAGAGGUGCUAGAUGGUCAGCAUAAGAAGAAGAAGCGAAUGCGACUAGAUCCACAUGACAUUUCAAACAAACGUCUUGAUGAUAGUAUUGCUACAAAUGAAAAAUUGAAAGAGAAGGACAAAGAUGUUGAGGAAAAAGCUGAGAUAUCAAAGAAUGCACAAUUUCGUGCAAUCCAACCAAGUCCUUCAAUUCUCUCCUAUGUUGAAGAUAAUUUGUUGGGUCGUAGACGCUUGAUUGAGCUGAGGAGGGCAGGCUACAACACUGAAAUUUCUGCACCAUUGGAUAAUACUCCGUUCUCUACCAGCUCUGAUAGAGAGCGGAUUGAGGAAAACAUAUUUAGGAGUAAAUUGACAUUUUUUGCCGCUGCAAAAGUUUCAUCAUCAUUUCCACCUCCUGAUCUUCCAGAGAUUGCAUUUGCAGGAAGGUCAAAUGUUGGGAAAUCAUCACUACUUAAUGCACUUACCAGAAAUUGGGGUGUUGCACGGACAUCAGACAAACCUGGUCUUACUCAGACUAUAAAUUUCUUCAAUCUUGGAUCAAAGCUCUGUUUGGUUGAUUUGCCUGGAUAUGGGUUCGCUUAUGCUAAAGAAGAAGUUAAGGAUGCUUGGGAGGAGCUUGUGAAGGAGUAUGUUUCCACAAGAGUUGGUCUAAAACGAGUGUGCUUACUUAUUGAUACCAAAUGGGGAAUGAAACCGAGGGAUCGUGAACUCAUUGACCUGAUGGAAAGAUCUCAAACUAAGUAUCAGAUCUUAUUAACAAAGUCGGAUGCGGUUUUCCCGAUUGAUGUAGCACGCCGUGCAAUGCAAAUUGAAGAGAGCCUCAAGGCAAAUAAGUCUGUGGUUCAACCUGUGUUAAUGAUGAGCUCAAGAACUGGAGCUGGUAUACGAAGUUUACGAACAGUGCUAGCAAAAAUUGCUCGAGUUGCCAAAAUAUAAUGUGUAAACAGGCUACAACGUCCACUGCUUAUGGAAAUGUUUUGGCUAGUCCUUCCAAGUAAGCUGAAAGCCUCAAAUUCAGAAAUAAAAGGCACAAUGCUGCAGAUUUGCCUCUCUGCGCGAACUGACCAGGUGUGCUAUAAUACUAAUUUUCGACUUACAGGAAAGAAAAAGAUGGCUGACUCGAUCGCGUGUUGUUCCUUUGACAGUGGUCUAUUAUGAAACUGACCUGUAAUUAGCCUCAUAUGUGCUUUGCAUGAUACUGAGUGAUCAUGUUGAUGGAAAUUUAUUGGUUCAUCAAUUAUAUUAAAGGAGUUCUGAUAACCCUUGAACAAAAGAAAAUUGCAAAGAGAAGACUAGUUCCUGGAUUUCGACUAUAAAAGACUAAUUCUUGGUGAGUGGUUGAAAAUUUGCUUUGGUUGUG